AUGGACCUCCUUUUGAAGAAUAUGAAGAGCCCAGCCAAUUUUGCAAUCAGUGGUAAUCUUGCUUGUGUUCCCGUCCUCUUUAUCAACUGA